ACCGCCACAAGACACCAACAUAAAACGACAACGUAGUAUCGUGUCUUAACAUCUCUCUCUCUAACCCCAAAUAAGAAAACAGAACAAAAAAGUCAUAACAAAAUCAUCAGCAAUUACCAAACCAAACCAUAUGAUCAAUGAAAAAAUGAACAAUUCAUCAUCAUGUUUCAUCGAAUCUUCUUCUUUUUCAGUUCCAACAACUUUCGUGGGUCUUGUUCUUCUUAACUCAAAAAUCAGAUCUUCUUCUUCAUGUAACAACACUCUUCUCUUAACUCCUUCUGAGCUUCUUACUGAAUUCGUCACAAGAGAAUUCAAUGCCUUUCUUUGGCUUUUUCUUGUUUUUAUCACUACCCUUUUGGUUAGAAAACUCUUCAAGUUCUUCACUUUGUGGUGUAAAGCUAGAACAAUUCCUGGACCCAGUUCUUCUUCCUUUUUUGGACACUUCAAGCUUCUUUCCAAAGGAAAUUUCACUGAUGUGUUGUCAGAAUCACAUGAGAAGUAUGGACCAAUUGUUAAGCUGUGGUUAGGUCCUACUAAGCUUCUGGUGUCAGUUAAGGAUCCGUUGCUAAUUCAAGAGAUGCUUAUAAAGGCUGAAGAUAAGUUGCCUUUUACUGGAAAAGCAUUUCAUCUAGCCUUUGGAAAAUCAAGCCUUUUUUCCCCUUCCUAUGAAAAGGUCAAAAAGAAUAGGGAAUUAUUGGCAACAAAAUUGAAUGAAAGAUUGCUGAAUCCUCUGAAAGUUGCAGACUUUAUCAUAGAUCAAAUAGAAAACAUCAAAGUCAAAGGAAGUCUUGGUUGCGGCUUGGUUUCUCAGUAUAUGGCUUUCACAUUAAUGGGAGCCACAUUAUUUGGAGACGGCUUCUUGACGUCGCCAAAGGCUGCAAUAUACGAGGAACUGCUUAUGAAAAUUGCUAAAGAUGCUUGCUUUUGGGCUUCCUAUAAUGUUACUCCAUUUUGGAGACGAGGGUUUUGGAGGUAUCAAUACUUAUGUACAAAGUUACGAUGCUUAACUCAAGACAUCCUUCAACAUUGCAGAACAAGCUGCAAGAUUUUAGGAAGUAUCGAUCAAAAUGUUCGUAGUGAAGGUUCCAACCCGGAAUUGAAGUCGGCAGAUGGUGCACAAUGCCGUUCUAAUGUUGGAUCUGAAAAUUUCCAAUUCUUUCGUGACCUUAAUGAUUGUGAAAAUUCUAAGUUAGAACAUUGUGGGAACAUAAUGCUUAUGAUGCUUCAUGGAUGUCAAACUACAGCUGCUUUAAUCGCCAAUGUAUUGACUAAUCUUGUCAUGCAUCUGGAAAUACAGGAUAAGGUUUAUUCAGAGAUUAGCAUGGUUGGGAAAAAGCCAUCAAAAUAUGAGCAUGAAGAUGUUUAUAGGAUGCCUUUGCUAUUGGCUACAGUUUAUGAAUCUUCGCGCCUUCUCCCGACUAGUGCCAUGCUGCAGAGGUGUUCUUUGAAAAACGACUUAAGAUUUGCAACUGGUGUAACCAUACCUGCUGGAACUGCACUGGUUGUUCCUGUUCAAUUGGUACACAAAGAUGACUUCAAUUGGGGGAAAGAUGCAAGCGAUUUUAAUCCAUACCGGUUUUUGUCAAACAGUACAAAAGGAUCAGGUUCUGAAGAACAAUUUAAUUAUGGAACCAGCUCGUUUGUACUAAAUGAUCCAAGUGAAAACGCGGCAUUUCUUCCUUUUGGAUCCGGUACACGUGCCUGCGUUGGACAGAAACUUGUUAUCCAAGUUGUUGCUACAUUGUUGGCAUCAUUACUCAAGAAAUAUGAGAUAAAGCUCAACUCAGGCUCAAUUGGUGACUCAGAACCAAUCUUGAAAAAUCAUCUUCUUCAGCAUCAUCCUAAUUUACAAAUACUUUUUGUGAAAAGGGACAAGUGAAAGAAAAAGAAAGACAAGCAUACAAUAUAUAGAUAAAGUUGGUUUUGUAAUUCAAAUCAAUGAUGCAUAAAAAAACAUCUCUUGACCUUUUAUAUUUCUCUUUUUUUUCCAAGAUGAAUGGGGAAGCUCUUCUCAAAUAUUAAUGGCUCAUUGCAGUCAUAUGGAAGGAUUUAUACAACUUGUGUUUUAUUAACUCAAGUUUUUUUUCUUCCUAUUUUUAGUCACUGCCCUAGUGUUGGCUUGAAGCCAUGGCACAUGUUUUUGUUGGUUUUUUAAUCACUUAGGGUAUAUAUAAUGCUGCAAGGAGCCAUAGGUUUUCCUUCCCCUACUCUGGAUGAGGAACUCUAUUCCCUUUUUGAUGUUAUCAACUUUUGUUUUUACUUCUGUAAGAAGUUUGUUCUUGUAUUGUAUCAUCUUGCUGUUGUAUGAAUAAAAUGUACUUAGAUAUUUUGGAUAUUUAGAGUUAGUUUAUUUUGUGAAGAAA